GCUGUCAGCAGCUUCAACGAGAGUGACCCAACUGUGAGGAACCAUGGCGGAAUCUUUCAAGGAGCAGCUGCAGGAGGCUUUUGAGGAUCUGGGUGCUGAUAAUCUUAGAAAGUUUAAAAGCAAACUGGGCGAUCGGAGGCAGGAACCGCGCGUCACAAAGUCUGCAAUCGAAAAGCUGAAAGACGAGAUCGAUCUGGCUGAUUUAAUGGUCGGCGUGUUCACAUCAAAAGACGCGGUUUCUGUAACAGUGGAGAUUUUGAGGGCGAUCAAGUGUAAUGCAGUAGCAGAUGAUCUAUUGAGGAACACAGGGCAAUCAGAAAGCAAAGGUGCUCCCUCUGAUGAAAGCAAAGGUGCUUCCUCUAAGGCUGUAAGCAAAGUUGCUUUCUCCAAGGUAAACUUCAUCGAUGAGCACUGGAAAGAAUUGAUAGACCGAGUUAAUAAUGUGGACCCCAUCCUAGAUAUACUUCGGCAGAAAAAAGUCAUCACAAAUGAGGAUUACUGUACCAUUCGUAAUAAGGAGACUCCUCAAAAGAAGAUGAGAGAGUUAUUAACAGGCCCAAUCACAUGUGCUGGCAACAAAGGGAAAGAAGUCUUGUAUGAUGCUCUCAGAGAGAGCAAUAAAUUCCUGAUGGAUGACCUUGAGGAUGCUGAGUGAAGAUUAAAUCCUCUCAAUCUGCAUACUUUUUUUUAGAUUUAGAGUUUUUUUUUAAACGUCUUCAUUACAAUAUGAAAUACCAAUUUAUGAAAAUGGCUGUAUUAUAACAUGUCAUUGUUUAAAACUUAAAUUACACAUCUCAAAGUCAUUGGUUUGGAUAUUUUUUAAAACUGUUUAUUGUUUUUUUUUUUUUUACAAAUGUCACAAUAAUUUGCAUGGUAAAAAAAAACAAACAUUAAAUUUUCUUUGGGAAA